AUGGGAAAGGGCGACUCGAUCAUCGUGGCUGUCCGCGUUCGGCCGUUUAAUGACCGUGAAAAGACGAGAAACUGCAAGUUGGUCAUUGAAAUGCCAAAUGAAGAAACUACAGUAAUCCGGGACCCGAAAACGAAUGAGGAGAAACGAUUCAACUAUGAUCACUCAUAUUGGUCACAUGACGGUUUCUCGGAGAAGAAGAACGGAUAUUUCGAGCCGACAGAUGCACAUUAUGCGGAUCAGAAACGAGUCUUCGAGGAUCUUGGAAGAGGAGUGCUGGCAAAUGCGUGGGCUGGAUACAAUUGCUCAUUAUUUGCGUAUGGACAAACAGGGAGUGGGAAAAGUUACUCGAUUGUUGGCUUUAAGAAUAAUAAGGGUAUCGUUCCAAUUGUCUGCGAGGAGCUAUUCAAACAAAUCGCUGAUAACAAAAAGAAAAAUAUGCAAUUCGAAGUUUUCGUGUCAAUGAUGGAGAUUUAUUGUGAAAAAGUCAGAGACUUGCUGAGCUCCACACCUCCCCCAAAAGGGGGACUGAAAGUCAGAGAGCACCCGAAAAAUGGGUUCUACGUGGAGAACUUGACUACGGUACCGGUGAAUAGUUUUAAGGAGAUUGAGGCGAAGAUUGAGGAGGGAACGAAGAUGAGAACGAUUGCGGCGACGCAGAUGAAUGCGACUAGUAGCAGAGCUCACACUAUUGUGAAGAUCACAUUCAACCAGAAGUCUAGUAAGCAGGCUGGAGGGACAUCGAUGAAGAAGAGUGAGAUCAAUUUGGUAGAUUUGGCGGGAAGCGAACGCCAAUCCGCAGCUGGCACCGAGGGAGACCGUCUUAAAGAGGGAAUUGUCAUCAACCAAUCUCUAACAACACUCGGAAGAGUCAUAAAAGCUCUUCAUGACUCUCAAAAGUCGGGCGGCAAGAAAAUGCAGAUUCCAUACCGGGAUUCAGUGUUGACGUGUCUGUUGAAGAAUGCCCUCGGUGGGAAUAGUAAGACUAUUAUGAUCGCUGCGAUUUCCCCCGCUGAUAUCAACUACGAGGAGACGUUAUCCACACUGAGAUUCGCCGACCGUGCCAAAUCCAUUAAAACCAACGCAGUCGUCAACGAGAACCAAACAGAACGUGCCCUUCGUGAACUCCGCGAGGAGAAUCUCCGACUGCAGAGUCAAAUUCAAGGGGGCGGAGUCUCCGGUGACGCUAGCAACGAGGAAAUCGAGAAACUUCGACGUCAACUGGCUGAGAAUCAGAAGGAAAUGGAGGAAAUGGAGAAGAGUUGGCAGCAGAAGAUAGCUGAAGAAGCGUCGAAACACGCAGGUGGAGCGAGUGAGAAGGCGGAGAUGGAGGCGAAGAAACGGAAGAUGUGUCAUUUGUGGAAUCUCAAUGAGGACCCCGCGUUGACUAAUGUUAUUGUGCAUUUCAUACCAGUUGGAGAGACGGUGGUGGGCAAUAAGCCGACGAGUUCGGGAAAUUUCAUACAGAUGAGUGGACUGUCGAUAUUGGCGCAGCAUGUGGUGUUGAGGAAUGAAGGGAAUAAUCAGAUCACGUUGAGUCCGUGCUCGGAGGACCUCGACAUCUUCAUCAACGGAAAACCGGUUCACGGAGAGGUGCAACUCCAGCAGAAUGAUCGUGUCUUCUUCGGUGGUAAUCACUUGUAUGUGUUCAACAAUCCCACCAAAAAGGGUAUCAAGACUGAUAUCACUUAUGACACGGCUCAAGCGGAGAUCGCUCAAAAUCAUGCAGCAGCUCUUGGGAAUAGAGGAAUCGGUGGCGGAUCCAAAAGAGACCUUAUUCUUGAAGAAGAACUCAUGUCAACAUUGCCUCUGGUACAACGGGCAAACGCCAUGGCUACCGAGUUGGGGCGAAAUGUGAAAUUCGAAAUCGUUUUGGUGUCACCCGAGAUGCGCGGUCUGACUAGUGGACUAACAGAGAUCUGGAUAAAAGUGCACAACAUAUCGGAGGACACAUAUUUCCUUUGGGAGAAGUCUCGGUUUAUGAACAGAUACUAUGGAAUGCAGGAGAUGUAUGAGGCUAAACAGGAUGGAAGUGAGGAAUGGAACAUGCCGAAGGAGAGGGAUCCGUUCUAUGAGUCACCUGACUCCCCGGUUUUUAUUGCGUCGUCGGUGGUGUUCCUGCAGAGUUUGGCCUAUUUGAUUGAUGUCGAGGAGCAGUUUCCUAUUGUGGAUUUGUCGGGUCAAGAGAUCGGGCUCCUCACUGUCGGACUCUCUCCUUGCUCCACGACUGGCAAGGAACUCCGUGGUGAAUACGUGGAGAACCCCAGUCAACUAGUCGGGAAGAACAUUGCAUUCAAAGUGAAAGUCAUCUCUGCAGUAGGCCUCCCCCGUCGAAUCCUGAAAUCCAAUUGCAAAUAUCGAUUCUUCGGAUCCAAGAAGAUGACAACAACGCCCACGGUGUCAGGGAACACACCUUCUUACGGUCAUGAAGAGACAUUUCAAUUCAAGCCGGUAACUAAGGAAGUUGCGGACUACUUGGCGAACUCUAAUUUGUAUAUAACAUUCUGGGGGACACAGAGGCCACGUGGAGCUAAUAGUCGAAAGAAUAGUGUGUCGACGAUAGGAAGUGGAGGGGCAAGGGAAGGGCCGAAUAAAGCGAAACGAGUCGAAAAAAUGGUGGCAAACGCAAAGUCCGCCGAAAAUCGCAACAUAUCGGUGAAAGCCCUCGAAACAGUACUCAAAGGUGUUGAUGACAACGAGAAUCGAAAGACACGCAAACAGUCGAUGAAGAAGGCCGGUUCUACGACAAUCAAAAGUCGGAGUGGAUCGAAGAAACCCAAGGCGAAAUAA